AAUACAAUCACGGUCGCCGCAGCUCAAACUAUAAUUACCCAAUCUCAAACCCUUAAUUUCACAAUUCACUCCAAAAUCUCGUACAUCUAGGGUUAGGGUUUCGUCUCCAUCACCCAAUUCCUUCAAAUUCUCCAUCCAAUCAUGGAUAGAUACAGAGGAGGAGAUCGAUACAACAACCCUAACGAUUCUCAACCAUACAGACACCCUCGCGGUCCACCGCCGUCACGAUCUUCAAACGAUUCUCCGAUCAAUCGCCACCGUGGCGGUUUCUCCGGCAAUCGCCGCCCGUUCGACAACAGUCCGCCGCGUUACGCUCUUAAUUCCGGCGGUGGAGGCCCAGGGUUUCGUCCGGUGGAUGGAGACGGUGGUUUCCGGCCGGUUGGUGUACGGAACGCGAGAAGUUAUAAUAAUAAUAAUAAUCCUUCGUCGGAGUUUGAAGUGCCUCUUUCUGGACCGAGGUUUAGUUCUGAUUAUGAAGUGCCUUUGUCUGGUCAGAAGCGUCCGUUUGACUUUCCUGGUAGAGGAGGCUCUCCUAUAGAGCGAUUCGGUGGAGGCGGUUUCGAGAAAAGGAGUUUUGAUGGAGAUGGUUAUGAUAAAAGACAUGGUGAUGGUGGUAAUUUUAGCAGAAAGCAAUCGGAUGGAGGCAAUUUGGCCAAGCUUUUUGUUGGGUCUGUUCCGAAGACUGCCACCGAAGACGAUAUUCGGCCUCCUUUUGAAGAGCAUGGAAAUGUUAUCGAAGUUGCUUUGAUUAAAGACAAGAGAACAGGGCAGCAACAAGGAAACACGGUGUUCGCUUCUGCAGGAUGUUGUUUCAUUAAGUAUGCCACAUCAGAAGAGGCCGAUAGGGCAAUACGCGCCUUACAUAAUCAGUACACAUUGCCAGGGGGAGUGGGUCCCAUCCAGGUUAGGUAUGCUGAUGGGGAGCGGGAACGCAUAGGUUCAGUGGAGUUCAAGUUGUUUGUCGGGUCGAUAAAUAAACAAGCAACUGAAAAAGAAGUUGAAGAGAUUUUUUCUUCUUAUGGUCGAGUUGAGGAUGUCUAUCUCAUGCGAGACGAAAUGAAGCAAAGUCGUGGAUGUGGAUUUGUUAAAUAUUCAAAUAGAGACGUGGCAAUGGCAGCGAUAAACGCUCUUAAUGGAAUAUACACAAUGAGAGGUUGUGAACAGCCAUUGAUCGUUCGAUUUGCUGACCCUAAGCGUCCCAGGCCUGGGGAACCAAGAGGAAGUCCUGCAUCAGGUGGUCCUGGGUUUGGUCCUCGGAUACCGUCUCCGGGGAUUAGACCACCGAACUAUGGUGAGGCGAUGCAAGCUCCUGUUAAUCAAAAUGCAUGGCAUCCGAUGAAUCAGCAGGGCAUGUUACCGUCUGAUGUCAGCAUGCAUAACAAGCAGUCUUCAGCUCCUAGCUUUAAUCCUUCUUUGCCACAACUAUCUUCCGGCAGCCAAAUUAUAUCUCCGUUAAAUAAGCCAAAUCAGUCACCACAGCAAUUCUCUUCAGGUAUGGCACCUAGUAAUGUAAGACCAUCUGGUCCUGGUCAACUACAAGCACCGAAUUCCGGUGGUCAAACUCAAGCAUCCUUCAGUCAAGGGUUCUCGUCGCAGCCCAUGGCUGGUUACAAUGGAAUGUUGCCACCUCAGCAGGCUCAGGCUCAGGCUCAGGCUCAAGGAGUUGCCUCAUCAACAACGCCACCGGCUCUUUCUAACAACAUGCCUCCCCAUGUUCUUACUGCGAUGAUGAACCAGUAUCAGCUGCCAAAUCAGCAGCAGCAAAUGGUGCAGCCUGUGCACCAAUCAGCGUCACCUAUGGCUCAGAUGUUGUCUCAACAAAAACAAACUUUACAAGCGAGUUACCAGUCGUCUCAGCAGGCGUUCUCCCAGCUUCAACAGCAAAUGCAGCUUAUGCAACCUUCGAAUCCCAGUUUGACACCUCAGCAGAAUCUCCAAGGUGCUAGAUUGCAGCAGUCUUCAUGGGCUGGUAGCGUACCACAAACAUCAGCCACUUCCGGUGGUUCAAAUGUAAAACCGACGGACUCACUUCCUGCUGCUUCGGUUGCUCCGUUGAUGCCGCCAGCUGGAGGUCCCGUGAAAUGUAAUUGGACGGAGCAUACAUCUCCUGAUGGAUACAAGUACUACUACAACAGCACAACUGGCGAAAGCAAAUGGGAGAAACCAGAGGAGUUGGCUUUGUUUGAACAACAGAAGCCGCAAGAACAACUGCAACAAAAGCAACAAGUUGCUUCAAUUCAGCAGCCUCAUAGUCAAACAAACAUUCAAAGUCUGCCAAAUCAACAAACUCAGAUUCCCCAACUCCAGCCUCAAAGUCACCUUCAAACACAGAUGCAAGCACAAGGUCGCCACCCUCAACAGUUGCAGCCUGCCGUUCAGUCUUCAUCGUAUCAAAACACGGGGGUUGCAGGGCAUCAGAAUAUGCAGGGCUAUGGCUAUGCGCAAAUGCCUGUGGCUGGUGGCUCUAUGAAUGAUUCUGCACGCUAUCAGCAGGGGAUGCAGGGACCUCAGGACUGGAUGUGGAAGAAUAAGACAACAGGUCCUGGGGCUUAGGCAAGAGCUGUUCAUGGUGGCGGCGGUGGUAGCGCGGAGAUCAUUUGUAACAUAAACUUUAGGGCUGUUAUCCUAAUCUUCUAUAGAUUUUCGUAGAUUUGUAGCAUGAUUUAUAAGCAAUUGUCGUCUGUAAGGCUUUUGCCAUUUAUUUUCUUAACUAAAUUUUGACCGAGGUUGUGACUAUUGGAUGUGAGCUGUUAGUUUGAUUUUUACCCGUUUGAAGGAGGGUUA